CUCCAUCUCCUCUCUUAGUUAUAUCAACCACCGUUCCUCCUUCUUUCUUAUGAACUUCCAUCACCAUUUUUGGGCUUAAUUUGCUAUCAGCAUAAAAUCCAAAAUGCCCCCAAAACGCAAAGCAAUGGCCGAGACGAGCGCCAACCAGCCAGUCUCAACGACAAGCCGCAAUGCAAAAGCCACGAAGACUUCCUCGAAGUCCAUUGCUCCGACGAGCAAAGGAUCUGCCAAGUCCAAACCGGAGACAUUCAAGUACUCCAAUGCCGAUACCCUUUCGCAGAAGCCCAAAUACGUCAACCUUGAAUGGCCGAACUUCGCGGACUUCAUCAAGGACAAGAAUCAAGAUAUGCCAAAGAAAGGCGAGCUCGUGGACAAUUGGUGCGACAGAGUCUCUGAUCUGGGGGUUCCUGUCUCGGAGGAGGGAGCCGACCUGCUUCAGAAGUUGGAUAACGAAGUGGAGAAGAGGAAUCAGGAUCGAUUGGACAUGCAUAUAUAUAAUGAUUGGAAUGGAGGGGGGAUGUCUGAGUGCUUCGAAAACUACGUAUGUCGCACUCUGCCGGUGUGCUCACGGUUAAAGUUGAAAGACUUCAACAGGGACAUCUUUAAAAAGACCGUCAGCCCCUUCAAGAAAUGGGCCUACGUCGAAGGCAUUGCAUGUUUCUUCAAGGGCGCGGAUAAUCUGUUCUACUGGUUGAGUGCGUCUCUUACUGCCACGGAAAGUGACCUAGCUGAUAUGAUGGCAGACAACGAAGACGGCGACAGCGUGAAGGACAUCGCUGCAAUGCUCGGCCUCAUGGUCCUCACCGCUUACUCCGCCCUCUCCGAACAUUCGCUCCUCAAACCAGAUUCCGAAGUCAAGAACAUUGGUAUCAUGAGUCUCAUGAUGUUGGAAUUCGCCAAGGAUGACGGUCAGGAUUUGGACAUCGGUUGGGGCUGCGAGAUAGUCAGAAUGUGCGAUGAGGCUGGGAUUGACUUGGACAAGGAGGUCCGGAAGCAGGUUGCCUUCUCGAAAAAGGAUUUGAAGGGGAUGAGAGCUGCGUAUAAGGAAAAGAAGGACGGGUACAAGGCCGCUGCUGGGACCAAAAGCUGGAAACCAGAGCAUGAUGUUGGAGGAAAAUGGGAUGAAAAACAGUGGUAUCGUUGGGAUUGGAAGCUUGAGUAUAAAAAGUUCCAGAAGAACCAUAAAGGAGGAAGUCAUUAUGAUUUGACCAAGUGGAGCAAGAAAGACCGGGAGGAGUAUACUCUCGGGAGCAAAGCAUUUGGCAGGAGGAUUGGAAUGGAGACAGAUUCCGAAUCUGACUGAAUCUGAAUCUGAUUCCGAGCCCGAGUAGUUCAGUCGAGGCGAUGGUGGGAGUUCAUUCGUGUAAGAUUAUGUUAGCUUUUCCAUAUGUAGGAUUAAUUGAGUCGAGUGUAUGUUCCAUACUUUCAGCUCUCUUGGGGAAAAUUGUGUUCCUGUGAUUCAGUACGAGUACAAUUCUCGAAGUACUAGUUAUGCAGCCCUGGACACCACUGGAAACUUGAGUCUAGGCGGUUCCAAAAGCUUAUCAGGUAGAAGCAAAUGCUCCAAGUGCCUCUGUAUUCAUACGUCAUCG